AUGCCUUUCUUCAAGAAUGUCUUCCACUCCAAGGACAAGCAAAAGGGCGCCAAAACUGCCCCCGAGCCCGUCGCGCCGCCCAAGCCUCGCUGGGAGGAAUCAUGGACGCGCAAGGAUGUCGCGCCCGACGAGAUUCAGGAGCUCAUCCACGUCUGCACCCAAGAGAUGAAAUCGAGGGCCCUGGACAUGCCCUUUAUGCUCCUCCCCUUCCGCCCCACCUCCGACACAAGUGCCUCCCGCAACUUCGUACGCAACUUCUUCAAAGCCGCCUACGAGGGCACACGGCAAUACACAGGCGAGGGGCUGGCACAAGAACUGCGGCUUACUGAGCCAUUGACGCUCUGCAGUAUCAUAAAAUGGUGCUGGAGCAGACUCCCCGGCGGUGUCGUCACAUGGGACGCAUACGAGCUCUUCCGAAUCGGCGAGUCUGAUUCAAACUUCGCGCGCCACGCGUUCGACACUUUCAUACCAAUCAGCGUCGACUCUGAGGCUCGCAAGCACAUCAUAUUCGACUUCUUCGAUCUCCUGUCUGCGGUCGCCGCGAGAGGCAAGAGCAACGGCAUGGGUGGCAGGAAGCUCUCUCGUUUAGCCGGAUGGUGGGCUUUUGAGUUCGUUGAAGACGGCAAGGGCUUCGACGGUGGUUAUCGCACAUGGGAGAAGGCCGCGGACGCUGCCAGCCAUCUCUUCUUUGCUUACCUGCGAUCGCUAUCGCCAGAUAUGAACGUAGUCGGCGGCAUCUCUGCUCUACCACGAUCACUCCAGGCGCUACUCUCCCAGACCGAAUACCCUCCGCAAACACCGACCCUUAUGCAAACGCGAACAACCAAGGUGGUCAUGAUAGUGGAUUCCGUUUCGCCUACACCAUUCGCGUUGCUGCGUCGCGCAAAGAACUUCGAGUACCGAGACGACGACAGAGCGCUACAGCAGUUCUCUGAAUAUGACGACACCGUCAAGGCCCUGACUGAUGAGUGCCGCAGAGUACUCGAGUGCAUUGCCACGGCCAACCAAUCGACUGUCUCGGCCGACCCCACUACACCAGACCCGUCAUGGUCCCGCUUUGAAGACUUCGGGUUUUCGGGUAUCAUGGACAGCUCCGCCAGUACCAACGGUACCCCAGUGGGUGGCAACCCACGAGAGUUCUCUAGUCUCCGAAACGGGCCCCGCUCAAACAACACCGACUUUGGUCGCCCAACCACUCCUUCAUGGGCGGACUUCUUAUCCUCGGGUUUUGCUGACGAGAACAACCAAUCUCCUCCAACCACCCUGUUGAUGCCAAACCAGAAACUCCCACCACUAGGAGAGCACCGCGUACACAGCUCUCAGUCACACGUACGAAAUGGCCUCAGCGAAGACGACCUCGAGCCCGGCGAGCUGGCAAGCAUCACCAAAUUCGAUCUCGAUGAGACUUUCUGGUGGGUAUGGAUGAUCAGUCUGGCUUCCGAAGAGACUACUGAUCGCAAGGCUGCGUUCGGAAGAUGCACGUUGAUCGAGACACGCAUCCAGGGCGCAAAGUGGCUGGUCAUGGAAGAGCAGGUCAAGGGUGCAGCUGCCCCUGAAGAGGGUGCGUACAUUGUGGAGAAGAAGUCCAAAUUCAGCUUCACAAGGCGCGGCCGACUUGGUCGGCGGAAGUCGACAGGCAAGAAGCCAACCCCAAAAGAGCCAUACAGCCGGACGACUACCAACACGCCGAUGAGCAAGACUAGCAUUGGUCCCGACCAGCACGCAAGGAUACAGGCUGCAGCCGCGAAACUGGCUCAGAACGAGCGUGAUGAGAAGGAUGCAAAAGAAUUUGCGACACGCCGAGGACGUACUGACGAUACUACGUCCGUCAAAACAAACAGUGUGCUUACAUUGCAGCCACAUCUGGUGAACGAGGCUGGUCCGGCCAUGCAGUGGGACAAGAAGUUUGGCGAAGCCGCCCUCGAUAAGGAUGCUCUCCGUGCCCAAUACCUUGGUGAUCACACUGCGGGCAGAGGCUCAAAGAACAACCUUACAGCAGCUGCCAAUGGCCGCGCUUCCCCGCUGCCUCCAAGCGUGUCAAACCGGGACCUUCCUGCACUACCAAAGUCUGAGCGAGGAGACUCGCCCGCUCGUAUUGAUACCACCACGCCUACCAAGGCCUCUGUGACACCAGUACCUUGGCCACAUGAGUCACCUACCCAGACUCCACUUCCUCAGCAACAGACAUUCCCCGUCGCAAUGACGCGGGAACAGUCCACACCCAUCGAGGAAACGCCCUUCGCGACACCACUGCCCAUCGAGGAUGAGAAGUCUGUUCAGACAGGCGCGACACCGAACCAGCACCCUGCCUUGAGGAAGUCAAUCCCCGAUCGCAAGCCAGUCGUAGCCCCUCAGCCCAAGACUCGCGUCAGUGAGGAUCAGGGUGCCGCAUCUGGAAAGAAGAUCUCACCGAACAAGCUGAAGAAGAAGGAAGGUAGUGGAUUCAGGAAGCUUUUCGGAAGAAAGAAGACCGAGACGCCUGCAGCAGUACCUGCGCCUGCGGAUGAUUCGUACUUCCAGGCAUCCGAUGCCGUUCGCAGUACCUCUCGACUGGAUGAUCAUCAGCCCAACGUACGAGAGCCAUCGCCGACCUACACCGACAACCAUCCGGAGCCCGUGCAGGCACCGUCGCCAAACUACGAACCUAGUCCCGCAGCAUCCUCACCCGAGGUCGCAGAGCCGAUUCAAGCAGGCGGCCCUGUUGCUGGAGCCCCAGCAACGCAACAAGAAAUUGACCAAGCCUUCUCUCGAUUUGACCAAGGCCCUAUGGAUGACAUGCCUGCUUUUGCCCCUGCUGACGAUGAGAGCGAAGACGACGCCGCUGCCGCCCCGACCGUGCCUCGUCGCCAGGUGCAACAGACGAACCCUAGGACCCCAACUCAACGCGCACCCGAGUAUGCGGAUGACAUUUCUGAGGAAUCUAUCGAAUUCACAAAGCAACAAUCGCCAUCUCAGGAUCGAUGGGCGCAAAUUAGAAAGAAUGCAGCAGAGCGCGCCGCAAGGCUUAGCGAAGAACAGGUCCGACGUAGCCGCAGUGUGAGCCAGAGCCAGCGCACCGAUGAAGGUGAAACCAGUGGCGAGGAGACCAUCGAAAGUCGUGUUGCCCGUAUCAAGGCGCGUGUCGCCGAGCUUACUGGCAACGUUGAUGGCCAGCCGGCAGCAGCUGGAUCUGGCGCCGGAAGACAGUGGUAG